CAUGGGCAAGAAGAAGUCUGAUACGGCAUCCGGUGGAGCUAUUCCAGAAGGAGACAAUGAGAAAGGAAAGAAGAUCUUCAAACAACGUUGCGAGCAAUGUCACGUUGUCAACUCAUUGCAAACAAAGACUGGACCAACAUUGAACGGAGUGAUUGGAAGACAAUCCGGACAAGUUGCUGGAUUUGACUACUCGGCUGCCAACAAGAAUAAAGGAGUUGUAUGGGACAGACAAACACUUUUCGACUAUUUGGCUGAUCCGAAAAAGUACAUCCCCGGAACUAAGAUGGUCUUCGCUGGUUUGAAGAAAGCUGACGAACGAGCUGAUCUCAUCAAAUUUAUUGAAGUGGAAGCUGCCAAGAAACCAUCGGCAUAAGCCUCUACUAAAUAAGAAAUCUGUGUGUUAAGCAAAGCAACGUAUCAAAAAUAAAUGUUUUGUAG